AUGCCCUGUAUGUUCCGAUCCUUGAAGCUCGGUCCCGUCGUUGUUGCCGGCUUCGUCCUAGUUGAAGCCUCAAACCAACAGAGGCUUAGCGUAGCUGCGGUUGGCCACCCCCGUUGCCGAGCUGUGGUGUCUGCCGACUGCUGGCUGAAGCCUGGAGUCUCCUACUUUCUGCUGCCAUUGAGCCUGCAUGAGCGGGAAGAGAUGCCGGUGGUCUUCUCCUGUUUCAGCCGGAAAGCUGUGCAGAUCCAGGAGCACACCUUCUCGGAAUCCGCUGUGAUGGCAUCGUGGAGCGCCUUCAUCAAGUCAACGGACCAAUCUCCUGACACCUUCCACGGUGCGAAGGUUUACACUGCCAAGAGCGGUGGGGGUUUGGUCGCGGCUUUGGCCGAGAAUCACAGCCGGGGCUACUUCCAGGCUGAGCUGACCUUCAAUGCCCUGGAGGAUGGCAAGCUCCUCUUCUCCAGGGGCGCCAACAUCACCAAAGACUGGGUUGCUCCCGGCCAAGCUCAAAUCCUCCAGGAUUGCCGACGCGGGGUACAGGCCCUGUACUACGCAGGGUGGCAGGGUGUCAUGUAG